UCCGAAUAAAAAAAAAAAAAAUGCAAUGCAAAUACUGUGAAUCGAAUUAUUCGAAAUAAAAAUUUAAGUAAUGAAUUGUGUUAGUGCAUUAAUUAUACCAAUAAUUAUAAUUUGAACUUUGGAUGUGAUUUUACAAAGUGUAGAUUGUUCAUUAAAAAUGAAAUGAUUUGUACAAAACGAACUGUGUUUUUAUAUUUUUAAAAUAAAAUUUUUGUACAUAACAUUAAAGGAAUUUAUAAAAAUAAUUAUUUAAACAAAUCGAAAAUUUUGUACAUUUAUUUUAAGGGACAAGUUUAGGGUACGACAUUUGACACAUUACGAGGAAAAAUGUCAGCGUCAUACAGUAACAUUGAAUCGGAAUUUAUUGAUAUCAAUAAUCGAAAAGCUUGGCCGAUUUUUUAUCAGCAAAUUCGUAUACAAAGCAAUGAAAUUGCAUCAAGCUUUAAAUGCCUUGAAGCGAAGAAACCACAAAAUAAGACAUUAAAUCGGUACCGUGAUGUGAAUCCAUACGAUCAUACUCGUGUUAAAUUAACGCGAGGAUCAUGCGAUUACAUUAAUGCAAAUUUAGUUAAGGUGGAAAAAGCAAAACGUCGUUAUAUACUAACACAAGGACCGUUACACGAGACUGUUGGACAUUUUUGGCUAAUGGUUUGGGAACAAAAAUCAACAGCAAUUUUAAUGUUGAAUAAAAUAAUGGAAAAUCAACAAAUCAAAUGUCAUAAAUAUUGGCCCACAGAAAUUGGUAUCGAUUAUACGCAAUACUUCAACGAUGUUGGUUUAAAAUUAGAAUAUUUAUCGAUGGAGGAUAAUUCAUAUUAUAUUAAAAGAAAUUUUAAAUUAAUUGAUUUGGAAAGUGAUGAAUCACGUGAAAUAAUACAAUUCCAUUAUACAACAUGGCCAGAUUUUGGUGUACCAAGCUCACCAACAGCAUUUUUAGAGUUCCUUAAAGUGGUACGAGAGUCUGGUGCAUUGGAGAGUAAUGUUGGACCCGCUAUUGUACAUUGUAGUGCUGGUAUUGGUCGAUCGGGUACAUUUUGUCUUGUAGAUUCAUGUUUAAUAUUGAUGGAAAAAUAUGGAAUAAAUGCUGUUGACGUCAAAGAAGUGUUGUUUGAAAUGAGACGAUGUCGUACAGGUUUAAUUCAAACACCAGAUCAAUUACGUUUCUCAUAUCAGGCAAUUAUUGAGGGGGCGAAACGAUUAACAAAUCCAAACAGUGAUCAAAAUAAUGUGGAUCCAAUUUACGAAGCGGUAAACGAUGAAGACGGUGAUGCAGACGACUCCGAUUGUGAUGAUGACGAUGACGAGGAUGAUAAUGAACCACCACCCCCACUACCUCCCCCACGCGGUGAAAGUUUAUCACGAUCAAAUGAUUUUAACGAUAGACCACUUCCAACCAUUCCAAACAGUGUGUCAUGUGAGUUGAAUGAUAUGCUCAACAGUAACACAACAAACACACAAGACCAUAAUAAUUGGUACACAGCAAAUGGACCUCCAAAUCGUCCCUUACCAGGUCUACCGCUCCACGAACGUGAUGAAGACCAAGUUGUUCUGACAGAAUCAAGUUCAGAAGAAGAAAAUUUAAUAGCAUCGUCACGAAAUUCAAAGGAACGAAGUUUAUCACCAUCACAAUUACGGCAUCGAAAUCGUGUUGAAAAACAGGAAAAAUUAGCAGCACAAAUACAAGAAAUGAAACGAAAACAACAAUCAGCAGAAUCAUGGCAAAAUACGAAGAGGCAAAAAUUGGAUGGCGAACACAAGCCCACUGAAGAUGAAGAAAUUAAAUGACUACAUGCUAGGAACAAUUACAGAAUAUUCUAUUUUUUAAGUUUCAUGUAAGCACUUCAAUUUUAAUAUCAAUAGACAUUGUUUUUAUUUAUUAUUUUAUUGUAUUUUGAACAGUUUAGUGUAAUCAUCCAUUUUGGAUGAACAUCAAGAACGGAUACAUCCAUAUGGUCACUCUCGGUUCAAGUUCUGAACGGUCGUUCACGACAAAUUACUUAUUUUAUCCAACCCAUUGUUAUGACCCGUCACCCAUUUUUAUGAUUUGCAUCUUUCGCUUUUUAGUAAAGCGUGUAUAUAACUUUUAUACUUGUGUGUCGUCGACAAAGCAUCUAUUGUUUUAAACUGACAAUAACCCGAAGGCACAGUGUUGUUGUUACCUAAUCGAUACAGAAUGACUACAUAGAUAGCUAUUCAGCCAACGUACAUCGUACGUCUUCGGGUUUUUUCACGUUACCGAAUACAUAUAAAUUAUACUACAUAGUACGUAUAACGGGCAAAGCAUCUAUUGUUUGAAAUUGACAAUAACCUGGCGAACGCAACCCACUAUACAACACUUAAGGAGCAAACUCCAGUCGUGCGUCGAAGGAAAAUACCAUCCCUUUAAGGAAAAUACCAAGAUUUGAAAGCCAUGGUAACCAAAGUUUAUUUUGAAUUUUUAUCCUCUUAAAUAAAUAAAACUAAGUGUUUAUUAUAUCAAAAUGUACUCUUGUAUUUGUAGUCGAGUGGCUAAAAGUGGAUUUUUUUUCAAU